CACUUGAAAAUGAUGGUAGGAGGAAACGAAAAAAAAAACAAGGAACUUUUUGAGGGUCAAUAAGAAAAGGGGAAAAAGGAAGGACUUCCUAAAGUUGGUUCGCACUUUUGAAGCAGGGAUUUAUUUAUUCAAACUCUGAAAACCCUAAUUUCAGAAUCAGAGAAAACCUGCAGCGAGCGAUGGACGAUUUCUAUGUCUCUCAAGUUGCAUACCAACACCUCAAAACCACCUACAGACUUAAUUAUGGCGACAAUUUCGCAUUCUGGAAAGUCAAAGUAAAGAUGGUGCUAACUGAUAAUUGCGUCCAGUACGUCCUCACCACACCAAAGCCUUCCAAGGAAGACGACGCGGCGCGACACGACAAGUGGGUUGCCGAUGACUUCACCGCCCGCCACAUCAUCCUGGGUUCUAUCCACGAUGAUCUUUUCAUGAGUUAUUCCGAACACGAGACGACCAAGUCGAUGAUGGACGCCCUCUCGGCUUUCUUCACGAAGCCAUCCCUGGGCAAACGCAUGGCUUUGCUCCAGCGGUACAUGAGUCACCAAAUGAAGGGAGGGACGAGCAUUAAUCAACAUGUACUGGAGAUGGAUAACAUGGCGAUGGAGCUGGAACGGGAGGGAAUGAAGGUCCCUGAGGAGAUGCAGUCGGCGGCUCUAAUGAACAGCUUGCCGAGCAGUUGGGAGGAUGUGAUAGUGAAUAUAACUACUGUCUUCGAUUUUGACCGGAAUGGUGAAAGUACAGGAUUGAAGAAUGUUAAAGACAGAUUGAAGUCUGCAGGGGCAAGGAAGGAUUUGAGGGCUCGUAACCUUGAGCGUGACAGCGAAGAGAAUUCUUCCAUGGACAAUUCCACACAAGGUUUUAAUGGGAAAUGUUACCAUUGUAGGCGGGUCGGGCACCGUCGAGCUGAUUGUUCUUUGCUUUUCUAGGGUCCUUGUUUUCCUGUCCAAGGCCGAAGGAGUUGCAGUGAGUUUGGAGAUUAGUCAGUUGAUGGCAAUGCUGAGAGUUUUUAACAUGAGAUCAGGGAAGGUGAUCUUGAAAGCUUCUGAAGUUGAAUUGAUAUUUAUGCGAGAGCCCCAACCAUCUUACCAUUCUCAACCAGAGUGAAGCCACCUCCCUCAUCAUCUUUAAUGAGAUUUUUGCUCAGGAUUAGGAAAAUAUCGAACUAGGAGUUUGUGAAGGUUUGACAUGUGAGUCUCAAUACAAGGUGAGCACCUUUAGGACUAAAAUUUCCUUGAAGCUGCCCUAUCAGGAGAAGUGGAGGGAGAGGAUAGAAAUGUUGUUUCACAACUAGGUGGCUCUUUUGCUAGCUAGAUAAUGAAAUUCUGUUAGGGAGCUUUCAAACUAUAUGUAGUGAAGUUUCUUGAGUUUUGAAAGUUCAAUUUUGAAUUUCUCCAUGAUUUUCUCUUU